GGGAAUGGACUGUAACUUCACGAUUAUCACUGCGAUUCAACGACCUAUCACACAUCCCCCCCUUAAUAACCCCGCGCGUCUCUUAGCUUAGUAAGGACGCUUCGUUCCGCAUAGAAUCCCGAUAGCGAGCGAGCGAGCGAGAAACUGCCGUCAUGGCUCCCAAGAAAGAAGCGCCGGUCACGCGCCGGUCGUCCACGAGACCUGCGUCGGCGAAGCAGGCCACUUCGCCGAAGGCCGGUAAAGGGGCAUCCGCUGCCAAGAAGUCCAAAGUCGCCGAUGUUGUUAAGGACGAUGGUGAGCUUCAGUCGCCUCGCCGGAGGGCGGCCUCAUCCAAGAACGCGAAACCAGCUGAUGGCAAGGGCAAGCCGGAGGAAGGGAAGGUGGUCGAAGCCCCUUCGCCCGCUAGAAAACGGGGUAGGGCUGCCAACGACAAGGAAAAAAGAAGCGAUGAGGUGGGUUCGCCGGAGCCCAAGAAGCGCAAGAAAGUUGUGAAGCAGGUGAAGGAAGACGUGGUUGAGUAUGACGGGUCGCUGGUGUCAUUGCCAUCUGCCUCAAACCAUUUAACCAGAACUAUAAUCAUCGAGGCCUGCACACAAUGCAGAUCAUUCAAGGAGAGAGCUGACAAGGUGAAGCAGGGCCUGGAAAAUGCUAUUACCGGCAUUUCUGUAGAGAUUAAUCCUCAGAAGCUCAUAUUGGUCUCUUGGUUGGGAACUUUGACUACCAAAAGGGUUUUGAGUUCGAGCUUUGUCCUCGACGGGGAUACUUUGAGAUUCGUGAAGAAAAAACUGAAGUAAUUCUCUCCCUUCCGAGUAUGAAUCGGCCAUUUAAAUUGAUGAAGCAGCUUAACAUGGAUGAACUCGUGAAGGAUUUGAUCAAGCGGUUCCAAUGAUUUCAGGUUUCGUCCAAUUCUACAAAGCAAAACGCUAUCGUUCCCUCACUAAUGUACUCUGUGGUUGUAAACCUCCUAUGGCAAAGAAUGCUAUCUGAUCAUUUUGACGUCUGUAGUUGUCACUCGACAUUGAAGGUGAU